UGUGUCACACACGCGCAUUCGAUACUGUGCGAUUAUUUUGUACUAGUUCAAGAAAGCGCUACUUACAAUGCAAUACUUCCCGCAGGACAGCAGUGCUGCCGCCGAAGCCCAACGAUGGACCAUAGCCAGUUUUAUCGCCUUCGCUAUCUUCAGCAUUAUUUGCGGCAUAGCCAUCACUUCUUAUUUCUUCUCCAGUUACAAGAGACAUCCUGUUGCUUUUCACACGUCAGAAGCGUUCCUACGAGGCACUUGCAACACCAGCGCUUGCAAUUGCUUCUCCGACCUCCUCAGUCAGACCGUGAACCAUAGCGUGGACCCGUGUGUCGAUUUCUACAAAUACGCUUGCUCUCGUCUGGCCACCGGCGAAGACAACCUGAGGUCCAGGUUAGCGAAACAACAAGUGCUAAAUCACAUAGGUACCAAAGACGCUGUCAAACUGCCUGCAACAUCAGCACUUGCGAAGACUGCCCUUCUGUACAACACUUGCAUUAAAGACACUACAAAAGCGGACAUCGAAGUCGUGAGGACAUUUUUAGCAAGUUAUAACCUGUCCCCCGGAGACAGUGAGCGCCCAGAAGUGGAUCCGUUGAAGACUAUGCUGACCAUGGCAAGCAAGAUGCAAGACGGGAUACUGUUCCAUCUGGGCUUAGAUUACGGCCGUUUUCUAUCACCCGCCGAGCGUGCUGAUUCCAGCACGACUCACCCGUUCUGGUUCGGUCUAAACAAGGAGUUCAAGAGAUGGACGACGUGGAUUUGGAAGAACAAAACCGUAAGCCUGCGCGAUGAAGUGAUGCACACCCUUAGGCUGAUAUGGCCGCAGAAUUUUUUGUCGGACAAAGUCUUGGACCCUACGGUACAUGCGAUUGAGGCGGUUGAUGCCGAGGUUGAAGUGAUGUUGCGAAGGUCAUUCGUGCGCGUCAACUCUUCAAAUAAGGUAACGAUCGCCGUAGAAGACGUGCGCAAUUAUUCGAAAUACCUGGACGGCGACCUUCUGGUACAUUAUCUGUCGACUGACGGCCUCCUUUACAAGACCCGUUUGCUUCUUACCGUCGACGGUAUCGGGACCCUCAGCUUCUUGGACAGCUUGCUCACAAUCGAAAAGAAGAACCUACUGGCGUACCUCUCGUGGGAGUUAGCUCGCCAGCUUAUAAAUUUCGGCCUCGAAAGAGACGUGGAGAAACAAAGGCUCGUUUGCUACAAUAAGGUUGAACGGCUGCUCGGCGCAGGUGCGCUUGUAGCUCAUGGGAUCUUCGGAGACGUCACCGACGUUACCAGGGAAACGGCACGGGACAUUUUCAAGCUGGUCCGCGACAAUUCCGUCUCUCUCAUAAGAACAUUGGCUGGUAGAAAGGAGAGGGAAAUUCAGCAUUUACGAGGGAUCGCCGAACGACUCGGCAAGACACAAAUCACUUUCGUUCACCCACUUGGCCUGAACAAUCUUGAAGAACUAGACAAGCACCUGAGCUACGUCUCCCUCACGAAUGAGAGUUUCGUGGCAAACUUCUUGAGCAUAUCUGAAACCAUGUGGCGUCGCACGAAGCAACACGGCAUUCCUGAUUGGCUGGAAGGCAUGAAGAUCGACGAGAAGACAUCCUACAUCCUCGGAAAAGAGUUCAAAGUUCCAGCACGGUACGUUUUGCCCCCCUUGUUCUCUUUGGACGGAUAUCGAGCGGCGAACAUGGGUACCUUUGGAUGGCUGGUUUCCGAACAGAUUUGGUACACGCUCUUCUCGGAGGAUGUCGGAGGACUCGAAAAUCCAACGAGUUCUUACAUGGCAGAUGUUUUCUCGAAGAAAACUCGUUGUCUGAAACGUCGAGGGGGUUCUCUGGAUAUCUGGCACGUCUUCCGCGCUGUGGCGAUGUCGGUUCUUGUAGAGACAUUUGAGGGCACCCUGAAGACGGGUGACGACGUGUCAAAGGAAAUGUCGAUGCAACUUCUGUUCCUUUCGACGUGCCUUCCAGAGUGUGGUGUGGAGACGCUUGGAAUGGGGGACGCAGCGCAGCGUUGCAAUAUAGCAGUGAUGAAUAUGCACGCAUUCGCUAAUGCUUUCCAUUGUUCGGAUACAAAGCCUCGAUACGAAGCCUUCUGCAAUUUCUGAUGAUAGCCUGCUGUUCUAUUAUGAUUGUAAGACUUCUUGAAGGUUGGCACUGAAAUGACAGUUGUGAUAAUGUUGAAUGAUUAUUUUAGAGUUGUUACUCAAUACAUACACAUG